ACUGGGAGAGGCCACACCGGAGCUGUUGGACGUGUGACAUUGUCCCUCCCUUGAUGGGUGGAUGCUCGGGUGGACCUUCUUUUUCCUCCAUUGGCGACAUUGUUGCAUUCAUUUCUUACCGGUUGAUGUCGAGCUGCUUGGACUCUUUUGCUUGGGAGCUUCCGAUUCAGAAAGCAACAAGUACUGAAUGAUUGGAGUAACAAUCUCUGUAAAGAUUUCCGCUCCCGAUUGGAUCAGUAGAAAGCCGUCAGAUCUGAAAUCGAAGCAAAAAAAUCCCACCUUGUUCGCCGGAGUCGAACGAUUCGAGGGCAUCCCCCUUUCUUCCCCAUUUGGUUUCCCGAUUUAGCUCCAUGGUGAUGGAAGUGGAAAGUUGUGGCUCGUCCUGGACUAGAGAGCAGGAGAAGGCAUUCGAGAAUGCGUUAGCAACCCAUCCAGAGGAUUGCAGUGAUCGGUGGGAGAAAAUCGCAGCUGAUGUGCCUGGGAAAACUGUUGAAGAUGUAAAGAGCCACUAUGACCUUCUAGUAGAGGAUGUCAAUAGCAUCGAGUCCGGCAGAGUCCCUCUACCUUCCUACCCGUCUUCAUCGGACGGCGGUGACCAUGCCACUGACACCGGCGGCAGCGGCAAGAAGGGUGGGAACGGCGAUGGCAGUCACAGCGGGAAAGCAUCUCGGGCAGAACAAGAGCGCAGAAAGGGAAUAGCUUGGACUGAAGAUGAGCACAGAUUAUUUCUCCUCGGACUUGAAAAAUACGGGAAAGGUGAUUGGAGGAGCAUUUCUCGCAACUUUGUGAUAUCAAGAACACCAACACAAGUUGCAAGCCAUGCGCAGAAAUACUUUAUUCGGCUCAACUCGAUGAACAAAGAGCGUAGAAGGACCAGCAUUCAUGACAUUACGAAUGUCGGCGGCGAUGGAGAUGUAUCAGCUCCUCAAGGUCCAAUCACCGGUCAGGUUAGCGGGUCGGUUACAAGUACAACGAAGCCCAUCAAACAAUCUUCUCAGCCAUCAGGUGUGAAUAUGUUUGGAGCAACGAUCGGGCAGCCAGUGGCCGGAGUGGCCGGCCCUCUUGGUCCAGCAGUAGGCACUCCAGUUAGUCUUCCUGGAGCACCUCACUUUGCAUACGGCAUUCGAGCCCCAGUUUCUGGAGGCGCAGCGCCCGGUGGCCAGGUGAACAGGCCCCCUAUGACAAAUCCAAUGCCUCCAACAUCGGCUAAUAGAUAGUAGUUGUAGCUUGCCAGGUUGCUUGCAAUGCAUCUCCAUCGAUUGUUUCAAAAAUAAGUGGAUAGACUGCAACAGCAUCGUUUCUGAAUUUCUAGUAGUUGCCGGAGAGUUCAAAGGUGCUUAAUUACUGAUUGCUUCUUCUCGCCGGCAUUGAAACAUAAGCAUCGAUCCAUGUAGUCGAUGUAUCCAAAGCUUGUAACUCUUGUAUUCUUCUUGUUACUUGUAUGGUGACCCUCUCUCAUCUGUUGUAGAACACAAGUGCAAAAUUGAGAUGUUAAUGUUAUUGCAGCACUUCACAUGCAGUUUCUCAAGUAAGCAUCAGAGUUUGAAUCA